CAACCAUGAUCCUUUGGGCUUCCAUCACCGUCUGCAUCCUGUGGACCUUCCACACACAGGCUGAAGUGGUUAGCAGUUUUCAGAGCUGCCCUCAGUUUUUUUACAGAGGCAGAGAACCUGAAGGCUUUGACCAAAAUGCUACGAGGAUUUGCCAGAAGAUGACAGCAGAUGGACAGUUUUCCUUUGCCACUCUUUAUUCUGCGUCCCACAGGGUCCCUGUGUUCAGCGCCUACACGUUCCAUUAUCACUGCGAAGUCAGCCCGGAGCAGCGCAGAAGUGGAGGCUCCUUUAUUGAACCACAGCUCUCAGAUCCCACAUAUCCAGUUUAUAUGGACGAAGAAAGAAACCACAACCUUGAAUCCAUUAAAGCCAGACAAGCAAUUACAGAAGAUUACAGCGAAAGUAGUUAUGACAGAGGUCACCUGAAGCCAAGCAGCUUCCAGUGUAACAAAGGACACAGUGCCACCUCCACUCUUACCAACAGCGCCCCCAUGGAUCCCACCUUCAGCAGAGUCUCAUGGAGACGAUGGGAGCAUUUAGUGAGAGUGAUUUUAGAGUCACAAAGUCCAUCUGGUACUGCCUACCUGGUGACGGGGACUGUGCUUGGUAACACUCAGAUCCCGAAGCAGAUUUCCAGCAGGCGCACUGAAGAGGACCUGAACAGGGUGACAGUCCCCUCACAUGUUUGGACAGCUGUGUGCUACGUCCAUCCAACUGACCCAGAAGAGUCAUUCUCCUUCGGCGUCUUUGGUGAAAACAAGGCAGAUGGCGGCAUUUUUCUCAUCUCAAUGCUAGAGCUCACACAAACCCUGCGCCAGCUUCAUGACAGCAAAUUGUUAAAGAUUUUUGCAGACGACUGCUUUUUUACGGAGCCUAAAUCUGAGGAAACCAUCAAAAUGGUAAAACAUCAGCUUAGCCAGCAGCAGAGAAACCCCAUGACUUCUCCAGAUGAAAAAAUGUUCCUUAAUUCCGUUGCUACAAGAACAUCUCACCCUGCAGCUAAAGUACAGGAAACAGAGAGCAAUGUGGAGCUGGUGUAUAAGGAUGAGUACACAUGGCUUAUGGGGCAGGAAGACAUUAAGGCACUCACCGGACUGGCUUGCUCUCUAUCUGCACCCUGCUCUGUACACGAGGAGCCACGGCGCAGAAAGAGGCAAGCAUCCGAAGGAACAGUUUGCAAACUUGUUUCUGAGAAAACUAACAAAUGUGUCUCACCUUGUUUCUACGACGAAAAAACUGCUGGAUACUUCUGCUCCACAAGUACCUCUACCAUGCCCUGCACACCGACCUACUCUGACGUGACAAUACGGGGAGUAAAGUGCCGCACAGACCACACCUGUGGCAAGCACGGCUACAAAUACUACUGGUGCUACACGGACGACAGCUGGGAUUAUUGUAGCCCUCCUCAGCCUCUAGGGUUGACUGUUAAUGGUAAGCGCUGCAGCGUCCAGCGAAACUGUGCUGCGUAUGGUUACGAUUAUUACUGGUGUCGAACUGACGAUGGUUAUUGGGAUUUUUGCUGUCCAAAAGCUGAUUGCUUCACUGCUUUGAAUGGUAAGACCUGUAAGCAAAGCAGUCCAUGUGCAACACACAAAUAUAAAUAUUUCUGGUGCUACACCACAGAUGGCAGCUGGGAUUAUUGUUAGAGUAGUAAUGGAGGCCUGGAAGAGACCAUCUACUUACCAUAACAAUGUGAUUGACCAGCUCCACUUGAGUGUGUUUGUAGCUCAGCUUAAAACUAAGCUCAGAAAUUCAAUUUUAUUCUUGACCAUUCAAAACUCAGAAGUUCUUACUGUCUAUCUUCCAGAUAAAACUUUGUGGUGUAACAGUAUGAAUAACUUGAAUAAAGCUCCAGAUUCUGUGGUUGA